AUGGCGUGUGUGAGGCAAAGGUAUUGGAUUUCCCAGGGCAGACGCUUGCUUGAUAGAAUCAUACGAUGCUGUGUAGUGUGCCGACGGAACAACUGGAGUAGUCGGCAUCAAAGGCAAGCUGACUUACCAAUAGAUCGUGUCACUCCUGGAAAGGCUCCAUUUGUUUACACUGGAACGAACUCUUUUAGUCCAUUCAUUAUCAAGGAAGGGAGGAAACAGGUCAAGCGCUGGGGAUGUCUGUUGACAUGUUUAACUAUUAGGGCUGUUCAUCUAGAAGUCUUGGCCUCAUUAGACGCAGUUGCCUUCCUCAACGCAAUAACAAGGUUCUCACGACGCAGAGGUACACCAGAGCGUAUUAGGUCGGAUAAUGGGACAAACAUGGUACGGGCAGCCAAACAGCUCAAACUGGCAGUGAAAAGUUGGGAGCAAGAUGACAGACUCAGAGGCGCCUUACUGAAAGCAGAUAUUGAUUGGGUCUUCAAUCCACCAGCUGCUCCAUACAUGGGGGGAGUAUGGGAAAGGCAGAUUCGCACAGUAAAAAAGGUUCUGCAGGCGAUUGUGGGCUCACAAGUUUUAGACGAUGGACGUUUGCAAACAAUGUUCUGUGAAGUGGAAGCCAUAGUUAACGAGAGGCCAAUCACCCCAGUUCCAAACACUCCAAAUGAACCAAAGGCUCUCACGCCUGCUGAUCUUUUGCACUUAAGUGAAAGGGGUAAUCUUCCCUUAGGUGGAAGGUCAAUAGGCGAAUCAUACCACAGAAGGUGGAAGCAUGUCCAGUACCUUGCAGAUCAAUUUUGGAAGCGCUGGCUGACGGAGUACCUCCCUUAA